AUGUCGGCGCUAGGGUCCGCCGACUCGAGCGCGCACGGCGCGGCGCCGCUCUCGACGUCCCCUCCCGACUCGGAGAAUGACGCGUCCACCAGCGUCCACAAGCUCGAGGUGAUGGUCCACCCGAGGUUCGUGCGUCAGCUGAAGGAGGAGCCCGCGGUGUUCUGCCCUUUGGACUGGCUCCCCGACGAGGUCAUCAGCAACGUGCUCGUCCACCUGCACGGCCGCGACGUCGCGCGCUUCAGCCUCGUCAACCGCAGGGCCCGCAGGCUGUGCGAGGACGACGACGUGUGGAGGGAGCUCUGCGCCAGGCACUUCGACAUUCGCCCCGAGAACCGCGACAGGCCCGAGUGCGGAUGGAACACCCUGUACCAGAUCCACCACAACGUGCUCUACUCGCUGUUCAGGGACGGGGGAAGGCAAUCCCCAGGGCUGGGCACGAGCGACGGCUUCGGGCGCGGCAUCGCCGCCAUCGCGCAGGGCCGCGCGGGCGGGAUGUCCAUCUCCCUCGGCGCCGCGUGA